CUAACAAUAAUCUGACGUUAAUAUUAACUGGAACUGAUUUUAUUGCCAAUUCACCAGAAUCCUACGAAUUGUUCUUGAUGUUCAAUGAUGAAAUUGUAUUGAAACAACAACCAUUUCUUACUACUACAACAAAUUUAUAUUUUUUCAAUCAAAAUCUUAAUGUUAUUCCAGCUGGACAGCUUACUGGUCGACUACGUUUAAUUGAUAAAGGAUUUAUCAAAGAUCCAAUAGAAAUUCAAUUAGGCACUGAAGGCAGUGAAAUUAGAGAUGUUGUACAGACAGGGCUUUUUGACGAUG